UUGAAGGCCGUCAGCUCUCUUGCUUCUGGUGCCAAAGCCACUUGCCAGUAUCCUUUGCACAGAUCCAGCGUUGUGAUGUAACUUGCAGAACCGACUUUCUCCAGUAGGUCGUCCACCCUGGGCAUCGGGUACGGGUCAAAGUUGGACACAGCAUUUAAAUGUCUAAAAUCUAUGCAAAAUCUCAGGGAGCCGUCUUUCUUUGGUACCAGCACAAUCGGGCUGCACCACUCACUACUAGACUCUUCAAUUAUACCCAAAUCCAACAUCAGCUUUAUUUCUUUUUCCAGUACCGGAACCAAGCGUUCUGGUAUGCGAUAGCUCUUUUGACGACUCGGUGCAUCUUCUUUCAGCCGAAUCUUGUGUUGGACCAGUGAUGUAAAUCCUGGAACUUCUUUAAAGAGCUGAGGGUCCAAGAAAGGUUUGAUUUUUUCCUGCUCAGUAGGAGACAGAUGAGAAAUGUCAACCAAAGCACAGUCUGACAUGCUAGUUGGGAAAAAUUUUUCAGUCACCUCCUCAUCCUUAACUGCUCUCACAAAUAACUCCUGGUGCACAGGCUCUUGUCGGCUGUGAAACUCUUUCAACAAGUUGACAUGAAAAGUCUGAUGCUUUUUAGCUCUUUCCGGCAUGUACAGUUCAUAAACCACUUUACUCACUUGUUUGGUGAUCUCAUAUGGUCCAUGCCAUUUUGUCAGCAGCUUGUUGUCACUGGUAGGCAGCAGUAACAGAACCUUCUGUCCUGGCAAGAAGACUCUGUCUCUGGCCUUCUGAUCGUACCAUGUCUUUUGAUGUUGUUGAGCUGCUUUCAUGUUGUCCUGUGCAAAAGAUGCCAUUUCCUGCAAUCGCUCUCUCAUGUUGAUGACGUAUGCUGCAAUGUUUUCACCCUCUGGCUUUGCGUCUUCCCAACAGUCCUUCAGUAGAUCCAGCGGACCUCUCACUUGACGGCCAUACAAUAACUCAAAGGGUGAGAAACCUGUGGACACUUGUGGAAACUCCCGGUCAUUAUCAGGUAACCAGCUCGCGUCAGCCAGUUGUUGCCGCUCCAGGUGAUGAUGUCAUCCUCCAGUGCCUCGUGGAGCCCCCGUUGGACACGGUGGACAUGACCGUGGAGUGGUCAAAGCUUGACGCCAAACAUCGGCCGAAGGGAAUGGAGUACGUGCAUCUUUACCGAGACAACCGUGAGGUUCUGGACAUGAAGAGCUCGUCGUACCAGGGGAGGACGGCGUUGUUCGCAGGCGGCCUCAGACACGGGAACAUAUCCCUCAUCGUCACCAACGUCACGGCUGCGGACGAAGGGACGUACAAAUGCUUCAUCCCAAAGCUGCAUGGCAACACCAAAUCUUCAGUUGUCCGCCUUAUUAUUGAUCAAACCUCUAAACUCAAACCAUCUAAAACCGUUACUUCAGAGACACGACUCUUUCCCGAAGCAACGGGGCAGAAUGAACUGAACGGCGGUGUGACCCGUUCCAGAAGCUUCGCUCCACUUAUUGUUAUCUGUCUCUUACUUAUCUCAAAUGGAUCAUUCAACGCGUGAGUUGCAGCAUGCUGACUCACUGUAUGAAUGUGUCAGAGCUAUAGGCAAUUUACGUUUUCAACAGUAGAAAGAACGUGUAGGCAGGAGGUAGACGUCUGAUUUUUCUUUGUGGUCCAGCUCAUAAAAGUUGCUCCAGGUUUGAUGCAUGUUCUGAUUUGCACUCAUAUGCUCAAACUAAGUUUCAUUUCAUAAUGUCUGUGGCCCACAUGAUGUGAUCACAUUCUGUUUCUGCUGUAAUGUUCCUACAGCCGAUAGAAAAAUAGUUGUUCUGUUUAGUUUUAGAUGUGAAGUGCCAAAUUUUUCAUUUAACAAUGUGUCCACAAAAAUGUUCCCUUUUUCUUUAAUGUAUUUUGUUUUGAUUUUCUUCUGCUGUUGCACUUUAUCACACUUUCCCAUUUCAUAAGCUAUGGCACGAUUACAGGGUCGUUGCAUGACUUGAUUUUAUGUAAAAAAUUUUUUACCAAUAUUUCUUCAGAAUAAGUUGAUUACAAUGUUGGAAACAGAGGAUAAUCCAUGUCAUUAAAUGCGAUACUUUUGAUUCAGUUUGGCAUGGAGGGACUUUUCCAUUCUUCUGCUGCCAGAAAGUUUUCUGUAAUAAAACCCUGUUACUGAGUUCAGCAUGUUCAACUCAACGGGUUUUAAAUAAAAGUACCCAUUUCUUCAAACCA